AUUGUUCAUGUUAGAUGUGUAGCAUUUCUUAAUGUAUAUACAUUUUUGUUACUUUUCUAACAGGAGGACUCAUAAACAUGUUUAUGAUUUUCAUCUUAUUCGCGUUGCUGCCGCAACUACUUUGUACCAUGGUGCAUGACACAAUGUUGUGCUCGGAAUACUUCAUAUACACAAUACAUCCUGAAACACUCAAGAUAGUGGGAAGAUUAGAAAUCCCAUCUCCACCAGAAAAUGACGAAAUGUUAUAUUUAAAAGUUGCCUUAAACACUACAGCUUAUUCUCUCAAAGGGUUGUUUCGAAUAGAAUUGGCACGACCGAUAAAAGAGACCAUUCAAGCUAUUCAACAAGGUAGACCUUUGUUAUAUCAUAUUAAUUUUCCUUUGGACGAAAAAUUUCCGACAUUAUCCGCGAUAUGGUUCAAUAAUCAGGAAUAUUGCUUCGGCCCCGGAUCGUCAAGUGAAAAUAUCGUAUCCAAUAUCGAAUUGGGGCAUUAUGUGUACCCUCCGGACAAAGAACCACUGCCGCAGGAUUUUCAGCCGUGGCAUCGAAAUUCGAGUGGCUACCGCAUAGACAAUCCGUAUUACAAUAGGAACACCAAAUGCGGUGUUACCAGUUACUACACCGAUAGCACAAAUAGACUGAUCCCCAACGGUGAGACGUCAUUACCAGGCCAGUGGCCGUGGGUAGUUGCAAUCUACAGACUUACUAGAAAUAUACAGUUUGAGAUAAACUACCAGUUUCAAUGUGGUGGUUCUCUAUUAACAAACAGACAUGUAUUAACAGGUAUGUUAAUUGAGAAAAUUCACUAUUUCCAUAGUCCAUACCCAGAUAGCACCGAAUGUUCCAUGAAUGUUUGUAUAUGAUUCGAAUGUUCUCCCUCAG